AUGAAUGCCAUAAUGUGGCUUGCUUAUGGUCUCUUUAACAAGGACAAUUGCGUUGCCUUGCCAAAUGUGGGGGGUGUAGCACUGGGGGUAGUUCAGAUGGUGCUGUAUGCGAUUUACAGGAACGGUGGUGCGAAGGAGCAAGCACUAGAGGGUGUUGUGAAAACCAUUGUUGUUGUGAAUCCACUGGGGCUCGCAGAAGUGUUCCCAAUAGCAGUGGAUGAUGAGAAAGGGCUUGUAGAUAUGGUGAAUAAUCAACAAUCACUAGAAAAAAAUAAAGAGGAAGAUGCACAAGGGAAAAACGUGGAAGCCAACGAUUCCCCAGUGUGA